GUUUUACUUUUACACCCUGUGAACUGUUCAACAAUAUAUUAUAAUAUUCAAUUACCAAAAGUACGUUUACCUAUGAGUACGUUAAAUAAGUGAACAUUUUACUGUCAAGUUUGUUCAGUUCGUUGAUUUCUUAAUAAUAUCAGUUGCUAAGGUAAGUAACAUUAUACCAUACAAAUGACGUUACGUGCGAUAAAAUGUAUAAUAUAAUAAUGGUGCAAGUUAUUUUGAUAAUCAACAUAUUACCUAUCACGUUAUCUCGAACGAAAUUGAAAAAUUGUUUUGAAUUUUCCUUUAAAUUAUAACAAUAAGUCUAUAAUUAAUAAUAAUUCAUCAUUAUCAACUUUCAAACUUUUUGCAUGUUUUCUUUUUUCAAAAAAAUUGUUUAAGAUUCCAAUUUUAUAGUUUUUAAUUGUAGUAUUUUAAUAAUUUAAUUCACUGGAUUAAACCUUAUGAACAUUAAUUAUUAUUAUUUGGUAGAUAUAUUUAACAUCUCUCGAAGUAAAAGAGUAGACUAGGUACCUAUAAUUAUUGUAUUUGUCUUAAGAAAUUAUGUUCAAAUUUCUGUCAACUUCCAUCAUACUUAAGACUCAGAUUUCAAUAUUAUAUUAGUAAAUACAAAUAAAACUAUUAAAAAUAAUAAUUACUGAAAAAUGCGUACUCGAUCCUGGACAAAAUUUAUGUUACACCUGUAUGGCAAUUCGUAAUUCACAAUUCUUAACAUAUAAUUUAAUGAUUAUUCUGUUACAUUUUUAAAGCAUAUUACGAAAAAUAAUUAAGGCCCUUACAACUUCUAUUGCUAAAAUUUGAUUAUACCGAUGAUUAUUACAAUAAUGUAGGUCAAUUAGAUAACUAGUUUAUAGGUCUAUGGUAUUUAGAAACCUACAUAGAAAAAGUUGUCAGUUCAUCACAGAAAUCAUAAACAUGAAUAAUAGAAAUUACGGUUUUAAUAAACUAUUUAUUAUAAAAAUAAACCAAUUUGAAAUAAAAGAAAUGAUUAUGAAUAAUAUAAUAUACAGACAUUAUGUUCUACAUUAAAUUAAAGAAAUCGCGUAUGCAUUCAUUAUGGUUUUUUUGCCCGCUGCUUGAAUUGCUUGAAAUUUAAGUAAUGUUGAAUAUAAUAUAUUAUCUACUGGUAAAAACAUCAGUGAAACAACUAAUGUCCUAAUGACCUAGGUAAUUGCGAUAUAGUGACAUCGCAUUAUUCAUUUUUGUAUUAAAGUGUAUACCUCGGCGCCCCGUUUGAACAAAUAACGAUAACAUAAUCGAUUUUUAUAAUAUGAAUUAUUUUUUGUUUAAUUUUUUACAUACAUUGCUUAAAUAGAUACCCGAAUAUAAAUAGUACCAUUUUGAUCAUCAGUUACUUAAAUUGUAUCUGAAACUGCAUAUGAUCUAUAAUAAAAGUAUAUACUUGUUUAUAAGUAGGUAAUAUAAUCAUAUAGGAUAUUUGUUAAACAACUUCUAAAAUAUUUUAUGUAACAAAUUUGGUUUAUUCUAAGUUAGAAUAUUGUAUUUUCAAAUGCCAAGACGUCAACGCAUAAACGUCUAUAAAAGAAAAUCUCAUUUUUGUAGUAGUUGCUAUACCUACUUAUUGUAAUCAUAGGAAUAGCCAUCGUUGUGUAUUUUUUUUAUGUUCGAAUACUUUUAUAUCAAAAUGUAGGUGCCAUAUAAAUAUAUUAUAUAUAUACUAUAUCCAAAUUUAUUUUAAUACAUAUCUAAAGAUAAAAUGUUUUGUUUUGAUAUUGGCCACGAAUCAGUUCAAAUGUUCAAUUCGUUCUUUUUUCCAUGAAAUUUUGUUGCUUUCCGCUUGUGUUACGAAUUUCUGCAGUUUUUUUUAUCAUUUUUAGAAUUUCCCUAGUUUUCGUUUGGAAAUUGAAAUUCCUACUUAAAAAAAUUGUUUAUUCUUUAGUUUUUGUUGUGGCAAUUUUAGUGCUUUACAUAAUAAAGAAACAAAAUAUGUACAUUCUAAAUCACUGUUUUUAUUGUGUAUAAAGUUAAAGAAAACGUUUUUAAUGACUAAUACUAUUUCCAUGUAAGUAAAAUAUUUAGGUUCUGAAUUGUAUAUAUUAAUGUAACAAACAAUUAUUCUAUUAUAAACCCAUUGGCUAUUUCUGUUUCAAUGUAGGUAAUCUUAAAUCAUGUUAUAAUAAAAUUUAUUUCUGCAUAUGUAGUUCUAUUUAAGGACAUCAUGAAUUGUAAAAAUAUUUUAAAUUUAAAUUAUCAUAUUUUUUUUUGUACAUCAUAAGAAUUAGUAAUAUAUUGAUUCAUUUAAAUUUCACUUAAUUAUUGGUAUUCUACAUAUUUCAAAUUUGUUAGAAAAUAAUUUAAUAUCAGGAUGUAACAAAUAUUGUUUAUUUUAUUUUUCUAUUAAGAUAAAUACACUUUUUUACCUUUUGAGUAAUAUUAAUAAUGAUAUUUAAAAAAUAUUAUAUAUAUUUUAAAUUUAUUAUCUUGAAAAAUUGUUUUGACCAUAAUGCUUAAAAUAAAUUUUAUUAUUGUAUAUUCAAUGAUAAUUUAUUCAUGUUAUUUAGUAUUUUAACUAUAAAUAGUUUUCAACAUAAUGAUUUAUUUAGGUACAAUACAUAAUUGCUUUGAAUGUAACCUAUGAAGAAAUCUAAAAGACUUGAAGAUGGUGUUUGUAUUAUUUAAGAGAAAUCAGUAGAUACCUAAAAGAUAAAAAUAGUAUACCUAUGACUAUAACAUAUAACAUAAACUAAUUUUUUUUUCUAUAUUAUGAAAAUUAACAUUUUCCAAAUGCAUACAUUAUAUACUAAAUUGUUUUCAAAUUAUCAUGAGCUUGUAUGUUACUAAUAUAUAUGUAUAUAUAUAGUAGUUUAAUUAAAAUAUUAAUAAUAUUAUUAUUUAAGUAUUAAUUUUUCAGGGUCUUUAUGGUGACUAUAGCAAAACAAAUAUGGAAGAAAGUGAUAUUUGUCAAUCUGAUGAAAACAUAGAAACUAUUAUGGAUGUAGAUUCCCCUGAGGAUCAUAAUAUAUUGUUACAUAAAGAUUAUGACGAUAUUAAUGAGACUAAUUCACAAUAUGAAUUAUCUGACUAUUCAAUAAAUGAUGAAUCACUAGUGAUAGUUGAAGAUGAUGAUAGCAGUUCAAAUGACAUGAAUAGUGAAGAUGUGGAAAUUACAGUUGAAAACAAAUCGAAUAGAUCUACUAUAGUUGGAAUAUUAAAAAAACAUGUAAAUGAUAAAAUUAAAAAUAUAUCUGAUGAAAUUGAAAUAUCUGAUCAACAUGUACCAAUAAAGCCAUGUGGUAUAACUUCUCUUGCUGCAAAUAAACAAAUAAAUGAAAAAAAAAAAGAUUAUCUAAAUUUAGAAAAAAUUAUUAUUCCAAAAAAAAAUAUGUCUAAUGUCAAAUUGAGUUCUCCAGUAAUAUCUAACACAAUAAAAAAAUUGCCAUCCAUUUCUAUAGCAUCUACAAAUUCAGUACUCAAGUCAACAACUAAAACUGCAAUGUUACACCCUAAAUUAAAUACUACUGAAGUUAAUUGCCAUAAAAGUUUUUCAAAACCAAAACAAGAAAUUCUUGUAAUUCCACCUAGUAAUAUGAAUUAUAUCAUAAGAAAAAGAAAAUCCAAUAGUGAUUCAUUUAAAUCUAAUUCGUCCAUGAUAAAAACAUUUGAUAUGUCACCUGAAUCAGUUGAGCAAAACACAAAUUUAAUUAUAUCAACACCAAAAACUUUACAAAAUAAUGAAGCAAAAAAAUUAUCUAAAUUUGUUGCUCGAAUGCAUAAACUUCCGGAUGGAAAAUAUAGAAUGGUACCAACUGAAGGAAAAGUGCCCAUUGGUUUAGAAAGUUUAUUUAAACGAAACUCUCAUUUUAUAAAACAUAAAAUGGCUCAAAGUUCCUUUUUAAAUAAAGAUAUCAUUAACAAAGGUUUUAUUAGUGUAGGAAAACAAUCAGUAAAUUCUCAACAACUUUCUAAUACUAAGAAAACUAGUAAUGUUCAGCAAAAUAGGCAAGUAUCUUCAGGAAAUUUAUUUAAAAAUAUUUCUAAAACAAUUGACUUUAGUAAUGGAAGAAAAGAUAAAAAGUUUAUUCCCCAUACUGUUACUAGUAAAGAUUUAUUAGAAAAUCAUAAAAAUUUCAUAAUUGAAAAUGGUGAGAUUAAAAUAAAGACUAAUGGUAAACCAGCAGAUAUGUGUGCUUCAUCUCCAUCUGGAUUCAUUCAAUUGAAACCAAAGUCUGAAUCUUUGAUCCAAUCAGAUAAUCAAUCACAUAGUAUUUCUAGAUAUGGUUGGUAGAAAAUAUUAAGCCAUUUUUACCUUAAAAUUUUAAAUAUUUUGUUUGUUAUAGGUAAAGCCACUAAAAAUGAUCAUAUUGCUGUUGAGGUAUUGUCUUUAGACUCUAUUAAUAAAUCAAAAACAAAACUGCACACGAACAAUAAACGGGAUGGAAAUAAUACAUUAACAAAUACUUUGAAUAGAAAUAAUGUAUUAUCUAGAGAUAUAAAUUAUGAAGAACAAAGUGAAUUUUCUGAUAGUGGUAAAGAUAAUUAAAUUUAGAAUUUUUUUUAUCUAUAUAAAUAUAAAAUGUUUGAAUAUAUUUUUUUUUGUUUUCAGAUGAUAGAUCUGCUCAAUUUGUUUCUUGUCAUUAUACAUAUUGUGACACAUUGGUACAUGAGCCUGAAUUAAUUGAUAAUUUAUAUUGUAGUGAGACUUGUAAAAGAUUAAACUCAAAAUUAAAUGUGGACCAUGAAGAACCAAUUAUUGAUGUUCAAGAAAUUACAAAUUCAUCAAAAAAGCCUAAAAUCGAUCGAAAAAAACUUUUAGCAAAAUUGGAAAAUAGAAUAAAUAAGAGAAAGCAAAUGUUAACAUCUACUCGUCCAGAAAAAAUGGCUCGAAAUGAUGAUUGGGAUGAAUUAGAUCAGAUUGAAAAUUCUUGCAAUGAUCAACCAAAAAUUAAAAAGAAAACAUUUUCAAGUUCAUCUUGUCAAAAUAAUAUUCUAGAGGAUGUGGAAGAUUUAAUAGUAUUUGACUUUAAAGUAUAAUUUAUUAUUUAUACAAAUUUAUUUUUUAGUAAUUAAAAAUAUUUUUUAUCAUUUCAGUCUGCAAUAGAUGAUAAAAAAUUAUUAAGAUAUAUGGAAGAUGUACAAUUCAAAUCAGCUCCAAAAAAAUUAUUUGACAAACCUUUUCCAAAUGAAAAGAAUUGCUUUAGAGUGGGACAAAAAUUAGAAGGUAUUGAUCCUGAACAUGAAGCAUUAUUUUGUGUUAUGACUGUUGCAGAAGUUCGUGGUAAAUGUUUUAAUUUUUGUAACGUGGUCACAUUAGUCUUAACUAAUUAUUAUCACUUUGUGUUUAAAUUAUUAAGGAUUAACAAAAAAAAAGUUUAUUUAUUAUAAUUUAUAUAAUACUAAUGUAGUUAAUUCACAUUAUUGCAUAUUGUACUCAAAUUAAAAUGAAAAAAUUUUUAGGGAUGGGUCAAUCCUGAAUAUCUUAAACUUCUAAUUUGAACUCUUACAUAUAAUUUAUAAUAAUUUAAUUUGUUGUUAUUGAAAAAAAAAUAUUGUUAUAAUAAGAUAUUAAUUUUACAAGUUUUAGUUUGAUAGAUGCAUUCAAGUAAUUUAUAUAAUUUAAAUUCAAAUGCCUCCUAAAUGGUGUUGUGUGUGAAUUAGAUUUACACCUUUGAGAAAAUCUCUGCACAAUAAUUAUAUAGAGCACAAUUAUUGUUAUUUGAAUCUAAAAUACUAUGAUCCCAAAUCAAUAUUUUAAUAAAUUAUUAUUAUACUAACUUUAAAUUACAAUUAAAAGAAGUUCAAGGACUCAAUGAUCUAUACCUAGUUUUUUGAAUAUGUAAGUUAUUCAUUUAACCAAGGGAAACCAUUAUUUUAAAUAAGUAACAUCUGGGAUAACCAAAUUAGUAUGAAUAAAAAUCUUUUAGAUUGUCUGGCAUAACUAUUAUACAUUAUUUCUUCUGAAAAACAGAAAAAAAAGCAUUUUUAUAUUCAAAGUUCAUAUUUGAACACUCUAAAAAAAUUUAAAAUCUAUAUUAAAUCUAAACAUGUAUUUUUAUUAUACAUACAAUUUGUGAUUAUUAAGACCAUACUAUAGUAUUAUAUUUUUAUUUUAACUUUAUUUAUUUUAUUUUAUUUAAAUUUUGUUGAAUAAUUAUUUUAGGAUAUCGCAUUAGGUUAAAUUUUGAUGGCUACUCUCAUGGUUAUGAUUUUUGGGUGAAUGCAGAUUGCCCUGAUUUAUUUUAUCCAAGAUGGUGUAAAGAGAAUGGACGUAUUGUACAACCACCUAAAAACUAUAAAACAAAUUUUGAUUGGACUGUUUAUCUCAAAGAAUGUUUUGCUUUGGAUAAUCGUGUUUUUCCUGCCCCAAAAUGGAAUUUUUCUUCUACUAAAAAUCUCAUUGUAAGUAGUACAGAAAAUUAUAAUUCUGUAUACAUAUUCUAUUUCAACUGUUUCAAUAAGUCUUUAUGUAUAUAAAUAUUAUAAUGGAAUGUUUUUGGUAAUUAGAAUUGUAAUACAGAAAACAAAUUUAAUGUUGGAGCUAAAUUAGAAGCAUUGGAUAAAUUGACUCGUACACUACCAAAACAGCUAAUAUGUGUUGCGACUGUAGCUGAUGUUUUGGGUAAUCGUAUUCGUAUUCAUUUUGAUGGUUGGACAGAUGAUUUUGACUAUUGGACAGAUAUUACAUCUACUAAUAUUCAUCCAAUAAGAUGGUGUGAUAACAAUGGUCGAAGUUUAUCACCACCUAGUGGUUAUAAUGGUAAAUUAUUUUAAUUUUAUUAUUUAUCAUUAUCAAUUAAUAGUUUAUUUCUUAAGAUUUCAAAGGAAAAAAGCCUUUUACAUGGGAUGAUUACUUACUGGAAACAAAUAGUGAACCUGUGCCUGAAGAAGCAUUUGUCCGAAGACCAUUACGAGACUUUUCUAUUAAUAUGACAAUUGAAGUUGUUGAUCUAGUAAAUCAAUCAUUAAUUAGAAUUGCUAAAGUAGUAGAUGUUAGAGGUGACGAAUUAAAAAUACUGUAUGAUGGAUUUCAUAACAUGUAUGCAUACUGGGUCGAAGAUGAUAGUCCAGAUAUCCAUCCCAUUGGGUGGAGUCUAAAAACUAAUCACCCAAUUGAAAUACCCCCAGGUAAAAAAUAGAAAUUUAAUAUUACAAAUUGCAAUUUAAUUUAUUAAUUAGCUUAUUAAUUAUAAUUAAUUAAGUUUAUGCAUUUAUCUGUCACAUUAACUAUUUAAAGCAAAUGGGUAAACAAUAGUUAACAUGAUAAGAAGGUUGACGUCGAAGAAUUCAAAAAGAAUAUAAAAUGAGAAAAAUAAAAGUUGAUAUUGCCUAUGGGUAAACCGCUGUUGUAGGUGGGUAGUUGGGAAGAUAGAAUAUAUAAAAUAAUUUAUUUUAUUUUACUGUGUGCAAUAAUAAAACAAAACAAAAAAAAAAAAAAAUUCUGAGCAAAAUAGUAUUAAUUAUGUUUUUUAUCUUGCCAAGGUAAUACAGAAAAAAAAGGCUGUCCUAGAAUAAUGGGGACGGGUGCAGUCACUAAUAUAGGUAAUUUAAUGUAUAUUUGUAAGCAACGAUUAAUCAUUGCUAAUAAAAAGACGAUUCUGAGCAGAGUUUGGUUGAUAGUGUUGCUUUGUCAAUAAUAUAUAUAUAUAUAUAUGUCAUAUAAUGGUAAAAUAAUUACAUAUGCACUAUAUAUUUGCUUUAAUAAUAUUUGUUUAAUAUUGUACUUAUUUUCUUGUUUUUUCUACAUUUUCUAAAUUUACUAGGAAAACUAAAAAAUGACCUCCCUAAAGUACCUCCCCACUCAUAUUUCCUUUAUAAAAAUUAUACUAUCAUUGUAAAAUCAAUACAUUUCUAGCUCUGCUCAGAGUCUAAAAUGAAUUAAGUACAUGGGUUGAAUUGGUAAAAAUUCAGGUUGUUUUGAGGUACUGUGUGACAAAUUGGAGAAUUUACCUUAUCAAGUAAUUUUAAUAUGUUUUCCAAGAAGAAACUUACAACUUAUGAUAUUCGCUAAAAAUGUAAUAUCUUAAAUAUAAAAUUAUGCAAGUUAUUGUGCAUUAAAUUUUAUUUAUUAGUGAUUUAGGUGGAAUAUAUGCAACUUGAAUAUAUUCGGAAUACAAGGAGACAUAAAAUUAUAUUUUUUGCGAAUUACAGAAAAACCUUACAAAAUGUAUUUUUUUUUUGCUUUUAUUUUAAAUUCAUACAAAUUUGUAUUAUAAUAUUUUGUUUUAAUAUUAAAGCAAUAUAUAUAUACAAGAUAUUUACUACUGUGCUUCUCUGUUUUCCUUUGUAUGCAGAUGUCUUUAUAUUAACUUAUAAUUAUUAUUUACAUUUAUAGGAAAAGAUAAUAUCUGGAGUUGCAAGAUUGAAGGUUGUAGUGGUAAAGGAAAUAUAAAUCAUCAUUUAGUUGAUCAUAUUCUUCAAAAGGAUUGUCCCUAUGAAUUGGAUGCAUGGAAAAAAGCAGUUGCUGGUUUAGCAAAAUUACCUGAUAGAUUAAAAACUGAUUUAACUCCAAAUGCUUCUACAACUAUAAGGUAUUCAUGCCAAUUUUAUUUUGAAAUAUUUGUCAUACUAAUCUAAAUUUAAAUUUAUUCAAGUAAUUCAAAAUCACAGAGUAUUGAACUUAAUAUAAAACCAAAAAUGUAUGAAAAUAGCGACGAAGAAAAAAAAGGAAAAAAUAAGUUAAAUACAAUUUGUUCAAGUAAUUCAAUUUCACAGAGUAUUGAACAUACCAUAAAACCAAGAACAUAUGAACAUAAUGAUGAAGAAAAAAAAGGAAAACAUAAGUUAAACACAACUGUACCUAAUAAUCAGCCCAAACAUAAAGAAGAUAUAAUUGAUAACAGGUAAAAAUAUUUGUAUUAUAACUACAGUACUCUACAUAAAUUCCAUAAUCUUUUGUUUUACAUUAUUUUUGUUGUUACUGACAUGGGCAAUUUCGUCAGCUAGUAAUUCAUAAUUAAUAUCAAAUUUAAAACCACCAAAUGGCUUUUUUAUUUUCUCUUACACCUGUUAUAAAAAAAAAAAAAAAUGAAUCUCAUAGAAAAACAUAAUUCACAAAGAAAUGUAGUAAUGUAUAAAAUGUUAUGUUUUUAUAAUAUAUAUUUAAGUAUAAAAAAUCCUAAAUUAUUUUUUCUUGAAAGUAAAAAAUAAAAUUAUGUCACUCUGUAUUUAAGGGAAUGCAUAUAGGUAAUUUUAGCCUGUAUUGAUCUAUUAUAAUUUUACUUCUCAUGGAAGGAAAUGAGAAUACUUCCGUGGUACCUCUACCUGUGUUAAAAGAUAACAAAUGGAGUUUAGUUAAGUUGACAGCCGGUUUAAAAUUCUGUCAAACAGUAUGUGGAGUUCUAAACAAGACUUGGGCGGAUUGUUCAAACUCAAAUUUAGAUGUGGGCAGACCUCACUAGUUAGAGAAGAGGUACCAUAGUGCCUGAUGGUUGUAGAUGAUAUAUUUUUGAUGUGAUAAAAUCUGGAAUAAAUAACAAUGAGUAACAAAAGAAUUCCUAUGACACUUAAAGGUAAGAUCUAUAUAAGAGAGCGGUGAGACCGGCUAUGUUAUAAAGUUCAGAGUAUUGGGUAGUACACAGAAAAAUAGAACAGAAAAUGAGUGUAGCAGAGUGCAGAGAUGAGAAUGUUUAAGGAAGUGGAUAAGUGAAAUAACGCGAAAAAAAAGGAUAAGGAAUGAGUACAAAAGAGGUACCUUAGACUUGGCUUUAAUGGUAGACAAAAUAAAAGAAAAUAGGCUGAUUUGGUUUGGAAAUUUCACAAGGGAGAGUAAUCUGAAGCUAUAAGAAUUUUAAUUAAAAUAAACAUAGGAAGAAUCGAGGGUUGGAUGCGAUUGAGAAUGAUAUAUAGAUAUAUAUGAGGUAUAUAUGAGGUGGGAGAACAUGUCAAGUGGAAGUUUUGAGAGGGGGAGUUGACAACAUUAAAUAGUUAAGAUGAAAACAAAGGAGAAAAAUAUAUGGGUAAUUUUAACGACAUUUAAACAAAUUAGAAUGUAUUAACUUUAAAUUUAAUUCCCAAAUAUAACUACAGUUAGUUCUGUGUCAUCCCAAGUAUAAAUUGUGCAAUAAUGAAAUUAUUUAAGAUGUUUUAUUGCUAAGAAUUACUUAGGCCAUAGUAUUAAUUAAGAACCAAAUUUGAUCACAAAAAUAAGAGAACUUGCACUGUGCAACAUUGUUUUACUUUUUUUAUUUAACUUACACAAAUUUAUUAGAUUUAGAUAAACAUAAAAUUAUCUUAGUUUAAAAAUAAACUAUUUUUGUAGUUAUAAUAUUGAAUAAAUAAGAAUAAUGUUUAUUGCACAGUACGCUUUCUCAUUUAUUUUUAUUGUAAAAAUUGGUUUUUUAAUUUUAAGACUAGUCUGAGUGGUUUUUGCUUAUGUGAUCAAUUUUAUUAACAUUCCGUUUACUCUUAAUAGAUUUUUACUUUAUGAGGAUAGUACACAUAUUAUAUAUCUUAUUUGUUUAGAGUAAAUUAAUGUGUAUAUUAUACAUUUUAUAGAUUAAAUGAGCAGUUGGCUAUGAAAAACAUUAAACCAUUACAGAGUUUUGAAAUUAAAAGUGAAUUUGAUAACUAUUAUAUAGAUACAAGUACAGUUAUUGAUAUAGAUCAAGAAGAAAUAAGAUUUGAUUCACCAGAUGAGAUAGAAAGACAAAUGUUUAAAGAGACUUUAGUUUUCCCAGCAUUUGAUUUGGAUCCCUUAACAUUGGCAAAACGAAAUAGAGCAUGGACUAGACAUCAUGUUCCACUAGGCAUCCCAGUGUUUAGUACUGGUGAUGUUAGAAAAUGGUCUGUUAAAGAAGUGGCAUCUUAUGUGAAUCGAAUAAUAUCACCCAUAAAAUUAGAUCCUAAUCCCUACGAACAAAUAAGUUUAGCAGAUCAUUUUAUAAAUCAAGUAAAUGAAUUAAUAUUUUAUAUGAUUGAUAUCUCAUAUGUUUAGUAUUAAUAAUAAUUUUUUUUGAUUAGAAUAUUAAUGGUGACUCGUUUUUAAUGUUAACUCAAGAUGAUCUGAUGACAUUCAAAAUUCCUCUUGGUAUAGCACUAAAAAUAACUUGUGCCAUUUCAAUGUUAAGACGAAGAAUUCCCGUAUUUGAUUUAUAAACAAAUCUACUUUACUUAACAUAAAAAAUCAGUUUCACUAUUUGCAAUUAUAGUUUCUCAUUUUUAUUUAUUUUUAAAAAUUAUACCUUAGAAUUUUAUUGUACAUUUUAAUUUUAUUUGGUACCUUUUGUAAAUAUGUAUGUAUUUUGUGUUUUUCAUGAUCAUUUUAAUAGUUACCUUUGUAUUUUUAUGUUGUAUAAUAUAAUUUGUUUUUACUAAAUUUAAAAAAUAUUACUUUUAAUAGGUAGUUGCAGUUUUUAUAUUGUGAAUAUUGAAUGCAUAUAAAUUAUUCAAUGCAAUUUAUUGAAACAACUAUAUUUAUUUAGAAUACAUAAAUAUUUGUUAUAUUAGUAACUGGUUAAAAGAGUUGGAAAUAGUUGAAAGUCAGGCCUUAGAUAACUUAGUGGGAGAACACUUGCCUGGUUUCUGCGGGAACUAGGGUUCGAUUUUUGGUUUGGUCUCUUGAUUUUUAAUGUUUUUCCGAUUCUAACAGUUUUAAUUAUAUGUAAUGAAAAUUAUAUUGUGUAUGUUGUUAACAGGGCUUUGAAUUUAAUGCACUAAAAAAGUGUUGAAUAUGCACUAAAAAAAG